UUUUAAGCAAACGAACAAAUUCAGCAAUAUCAUCUCGGCCUUCAGUCUUCGCACCAUUUCGUUCACAAAAGGAAUAUUCACCAUCAUCAUUAUCUAAUUGUAUUAGGAAAUCAACAAGAAUUUGCACAACUGUGGGAGGCAUUAAAUGGAAAAAUGAAACAAUUAAAAAAAAAGGAAUUGUUUCACGGCAUCAUGAUCAUUUGACGGAUGAUGAACUAAAAAAGAUAUUUCAGCAUGAAAAAGUUUCAAUUGAUACUUCACAAGGAUUGAUUUACAGAAUUUUUAUGUGGUCUUGUCUUCUAUUCCAACCCCGUGGUGGGGAGCACUAUAAAAUUUCAAUUAAGCAGUUUAAUUUUACACCUAAUGGCGGUAUUCAUUUUGCGAAGAAUUUUCAAAAAAAUGAUCAAGGGGGCGUCGAUGGAAAUUCCGAUGCCUUAAUUAUUCCUGUACCACCUGAUACGGAGGGUUAUCAAGGGCCCGUGCAUGAUUUUAAAUUUUAUUUUUCUAAAAGACUGUUGAACUCAAGUUGCGAUUCACUAUAUUUACGCAUUAAUAAAGAAGCAAAAGAUCCAUGGUUUUACGAUAUUCAAUUAGGCGAAAAUACAUGUAGAUCUCUUAUGAAAGAUAUUUGUAUUGCUGUUGGAAUUGAUAUUAAUGGUCGUGAUAUCAUUAAUCAUUCUGAACGAUCAACUCCAAUUACAUUUUUAUUCCAAAAAGGAGUGCCAAUGGUUACAACUAUGUCUUUAACUGGACAUAGAAGUGAAUCAUCAUAUCGUAUUUAUGCACGACCAUCAAAUCAACAAAGAGAAGAUGCAUUAUCAUUGUUAAUAGAUAAUGUUGGAUUGAUACCUUUAAAUAAUUUAGAGAACCUUCAA